CAUUUUUAUCAGCAGCGUCCAAUCAGGCUCGAUCAUUUGCAACAAUCACCGGUGCCGACGACACGUCCGGAAUCGUUACCAACGGGUCCAAUAUACGCGGAAACAUCCACUUCAGUAUUCAGUCCAUCUGGAGGUGAAGGGACUGCUGCUCUUGGGAAAGAUGAUGAUGAAGUAGCAUCGACAAGUAGCUCGCAGAACGGUUCUUCUGCUCCAAUGGUACCUACAACAACCUGCACGGUGUGCGAUAAAAAUUCUUCACAUGCGGCUGCACUGGAAGUCCACACGGGGUUAGUUUCCGACAGAACUCAACUUUCCUGUGCGUCCUCUUAG